CUGGUGUUGAGCGCCCACAACAAUACAACAUGUCAUCGGACGAGAACCAGUGCCCUGAAAACGAGAGAAAAAUUCGACUUCUGAUGGAGGAAAUCGGGAAAUUGGAGCAAGAGCUUGAGCGUGUGGAGCAAGAGCCGACGGAGGAGCCGGAAGUUCUGGAGGAGCAAAUCCGCCAGCUGCGCCAGCUGAAUGCUCAGAUGAGGCGCUUCAGCACCCAACGUCGUCGGCUCCUGGCCCAGUUGCGCCAGGAGGUGUUCAUGCGAGCGAGGACCAUUCACGAUCGGAUGAUGACCAUCGGCGAGAAUGUGAUCAUCGAACUGCGCGCGGGGGUAAUUGGACUCAACCAGCGGAUGGACCAGUUUAGGGCACUGACCGAGGACGUCACCUGUCCCAUUUGCCUGCUGCCUUGGUCCGGUGAUGGCAGACAUUGCCUGGUGUCGCUGCGCUGCGGCCACUUGUUCGGAAAGAACUGCAUCCACACGGCCAUCCGGCGAUCGCAUCGCUGUCCAAUCUGCCGGCGACGGGCUUACCACGCCGACGUGCGCAGGAUCUACGGACGGAGUUUUUUGCCACCUUAGUUAACUACACUCUUUGGCUGCCUUUGUUUGUUCUCCGUUCGAAUUUACUAUGUUUUAUAAAAUAUUUCAUGUUCAUUCAAAUUUCAAGUAAACAUAUACAUCUACACUUAAAA